AUGAAUGGAUUUUCUGAAUUGCAAGAGAGUUCAACAAAUGCAUCAAAUAUGUUCGUGAUUCAUUUCACGUGCGGCAUAAAAAAUUCGUCAUUAUGUGCAAAGGUGAAUGCUGCUCUUGAGGAGGCGGGUAACAUAAUAUCUUCUACGCUGACGUUGAACACACCGAUAAAUUUGAAUGCAAGCUUCCUCGAUUUCUGCAAGAAUUUUGGAAAGUGCGGUGGGUCCGGGUUGGUAAUGCUAGGGGGGGCGACGCCUGCACGUACAAUACCUCUGCAAGACGACGAUGGGCUUGUGAGAUUAUACCCACAAGCGUUGGUCAAACAAUUUCAAUACCAACAUCAUCCCCAGUUCAGUCCCUUCGACAUCACCGCGAUGUUUAAUUCUGCAGGAUCGAAUUAUUGGUUUCAAGGUGAUCCGCCCAUAUGUCCCGAUCAACAAGACUUCCUCUACGUGGUUCUACACGAAAUCAUACAUGGGCUAGGUUUCGCUUCGAGCUGGCAAGAUUAUAUAAAUAAUGUUCCCGAGGCCUUGACCCCUGAUAUAUCCAUCUCGUCAACUGAUGAUUCGUCCAAAUGCACAUUUUCGUUCGACGGAUUUCUGGAAUCGGCAUUCGACAAAUACUUAGUAAUCUUACCGACUGGCCAAAGGACUUCGGCGAUAACCGGGGAGUUAAAUCAAUUUGCGAGCAAAAAUGAAAAGUUCACGAACGUUCAAGAAAUAUACACGAAGUUCAAAUCUUCGAGUCAAUAUAAUUUGGCACUGGAAAUGAUGAACAAUUCGGUGACGCCCUUGACCCUCGGGUUUUUGCCAACGGGAGGAACUAAAUCGAGUGAUUGUAUAGUCCUCGAGACUAGCCUGCAUCCUUACGAGCAGGGGUCCAGCGUGAGUCACGUGAGCAUAGUGACAUAUAAUUCCACGUCCGACUUCUUGAUGACGUACUUGGCACAGCGCGGACAAAAUAUGAGUUCACUGAUAGAUUCCCAUGGGAAUUAUAAGAGUCCCAUCGGACCGGAAUUAUUACUAUUUUUCAACACCAUAGGGUUAGUUGAAGUGGAAUCUUUUGCCAUCGUUUGA